AUGGCAGAAUCCCUCAAAAGGCCCCCGCCCCGCCCCGCUGCUGCUGCUGCUGCCGCCUUUCUGCGAAGGGGGCUCGCUCGGCGAUGGCCCCUGCGACGCUGCUGGGAGUGCAGCGGAGCGGCGGGGAGCGGCGUCCUCAGAAGCCCCCCGCCGCCGCCGGACGCAGCCCGGGCAGCAGCCGCCCCCCUCUCCACCAGGCUGCCUCGGAGGAGCGAAUCCCCGCCGGAGGGAAGGGGGCGCCAGUCAGGCCGUGCGAGGGGCGGGGGGGGGAGGCCGAGCGGUCCUUCUCUUCCCUCACGACGAUCCUCCCCCGCGGAGCCCGAGGGGGACACCCCCCCCCGCCAAGGCAGCGUCGGCAGGGCCACCCCCUGGGGGGUCUCUCUGGGGCCUGAGGGGGCCGCCGCCGCCGCCGGGAGAGCGGAGGGCGCAGUACGGAGCGCCUCCCCCCACCCACGCACCCCCCCCCCCCGCGGGCAAGCUGAGGCGGGCGGUCCUGCGCCUUACCUGCCGGAGCGCCGAGCGGGUCACAGUCUGCGCCUGGGCCGGCGGGCGGGCGGGCGGGCGGUCACACCGGGCAACGACGCAGCGCCACGCAACGGUCGCAGCCGCCGCCGCCGCCGCGUGACUCGGGGUCAGCGAGAGCGAGAGCGAGAGCGGCAGCGCCACGAGACCCGGAUGCGCCCGCGGGCACGAGGGCCGGCCUCCAGGCUCCGAGCGGCGCCGCGCCGGGCCAAGGCCCAGUGGCCGGCCGGGCCCGCCUCGCCCCGAGGGGAGGGGGCUGCCUCCACUUCGGCCGCCAGGACCGCCGGCGGGGAGGGAGGCCGUGGGGCUGAGGCGGCUUCAGCCUUUGCUGGACGCGCAGUGAGAAAGCCGCCCCCCCUUCCUCCCCUGGCCCCGCGGGAGGGGGGCGCAGUCCCCAGGGUGGGGGGGGGUGUUGAGGACUGCCAGAGGGAGCCCCCCACCCCCACCCCCCGCGGCUCAGCGGAAGAGCGGGCAGGUGACGCGACGGGGUGGCAAGUCGGGCAGAGCGCCGCUCAGGAGGCCCGGCCGUCCCUGCUCACUGGAGAUAGAUUUUGCAACCCGCAUCAAAACAAACCCAAAAGGACACCAGGCCUUCGUUGUACAGAGGCGUAGCUGGGCAAACUGGAGCACGGGGGCAAAACCUUAUGGGUAGCCACCCUCCCCACCACCACCGCCAAACAAUGAUUUUUUUUUUGCACCAGCUCACAAAACACCUCCCAUCCUCAGCAAAACAUACAUGGCUGUCUCCCCACCAACUCUCCUAAUUUUGUCCUCACACCAACCCUAAGAGGCUUACGGUGGUCCUCUUAUCAGAAAAAGUCCCUGGCUAUAUCUUCGCUGUCUAUAAGCAAACAUAUAAGCUCUCCUUACAUCACCCAUGCUGAAGAAUUGCCUCAAAUAUCAAGACCCUCCGCAACCAACACACAUCAGUUUCAUGCCCUUGGGGGACUGGAGCAGAUGGUGCAAAUGUGACAGAGCAGAGACUAUCAGGAGUUUGGCAGGGCCUGCAGGUCACUUCAGAGCCUGCAGCGUGUUUGGGUGUUUUGACCUUGGUUCCCACCUGACUCUGCGCGCCAACUCUUCUGUUGGCGGUUUGCCCGGAGUGUAUGCCGGGCCAUAAUAUGCCUGUCUGUGUGCUAUCUUCUAGUGUGCUUCUUUCUGUGUGAACUCUCUUUGUUUAUGAUAUCUAUGCACGGGUGGGGGAAGUUGUCUGGUGGCGUAGUGGCUAACAGCAGUGGCUAAGAGCAGGUGCACUCUGAUCUGGAGGAACCGGGUUUGAUUCCCCGCUCUGCCACCUGAGCUGUGGAAGCUUAU